UAUGGCACAAGAAACAGUUGAUUUAUGUUGCAACAUAAACUUUGAAAUUGAUAUACAUCCACUUGUUAUCAUCUAAAUAUUAGACUUACAUUACAGAAAAUUUGGUGCCUCAAGAUAAGAGGAAACCAUAGUAGGUGGUGCUUUAUUAGGAACAGUAUAUACAAAUAAGGUUCAUAUAACAGAAUGUUAUGCCUUAUUAGUUGAUCAAGGUGAUGAAAAUAAUGUAUUAUUGUUCAAAAAUCUUUUAGGAGUAUACAUUUGAUUUUAGUGAUUCUAAAGAUUUAUACUUAAGCCAUUUAUAAGCUAAUCCAUAAGAAGUCCUUUUAGGAGGAUUUGUUACAACCAAAAACUUAUCAUUAGAUAUAGGUGUUGCUUAUCUAUCAACUGAAUUUAGUAAAAAAGAGAACGGAUUCAAUGCUACUGCAGUAUUAGGUUAACCUAUAAUUCUUAAAAUUAAUCCAACAUUAAAUACAAAUAAGAUAGAAAUGAGAGUAUUUUUAUUAAAAUAGAUAGGCAUUUAAACUUAAUCAAUCAUUAAAGCACUAUGCAGCAGUGGCAUCUUUUAAUACUAUGCCAAUAAGAAUAUCAUUUUCAGAUGAAAAUUUAUAAUAAGCCUGGCCAUUCUUAGCUCCAAAUCUAUAAUAAAAAGAUUUUAAAAUUGUUAAUACAACUAAUCCAGGAUAAUUAGUCUAAGAGAAUAUUAAAAAUAUAGAAAAAAUACUUUAGUAUUUGGAGAAAGUUAUUGUAAGAAAUUCUAUUAUAUUAUAAUAGGCUGGGAAUGAAACAGGAGAUUAAGAAUUUGGAAGAAAACUCUUAUCUACUUUGAAUCAAAUAGAUUUGAUAAGAAAUGAAUCUGAAAUUGUAUUAAGUCAAGUUGAAGAAGCUUAAUUAUUUUAAUAUAUUGGAAAUUUUGCUUAAGGUUAAGCAUUUAUUAAUGAAAAAUUGUAAAAGAUAUGAAA